AUGGCUCUCCACUCUCAGCCCCUCCACUCUCAGCCUCAUCAGUCUCUAUACCCCCAUAGGCCUCUUGUCGGCCUUCAUGCCCAUAGUCAUGGUCCGUCGCUGCAGCAUGGGCACGGUGGCUAUGCCUACACCACCGGGAUCAGUCACCACUCUCUCAGCACAGUGACACCUUACCACAGCGCUCGUUGUGCCUCUGUUGAUCACAUGGACAGAUACGGCAGCCGGGCUUUGAGGGAUUGUGAGCGUGACGCAGGAUACGAGUACUCCCAAGCCAGAGCAGCACUCCACCUAUCAAGUCAUCAGCCAACCAGCUUUGAAAGAGGGAGCGGCUACACACCAGGACCUUCCCAGCACCCCCCAAAUCACUUGUUCGAUGACACACCGGAUCCAAGCCAGCUCCCUCCGGCUUUGCAGCCACGUCUUGAUCACACCCAUGGCUAUUUUGGAUACCCUGGUGCAGGUGAGGACCCCGCUCCUUCUGAAAUCAAUGAUCUUUGCUCCAGACUGGUCGCUCUCUCCAAUAUGGUCAAGGAACAGGCCAAGGAGCUAGUGAGUGCCAAGGAGACGUGCCAACUCAUGGAUCAGGUCAUCACCUGGCUCGAGGAGCAGCAAGCCACAAUUAACGCACAGGCGGUGGCGAGGCAGAGCAAGAGUGAGACGAAGAAAGGGAAGGGGAAUAACACGCAUAAGGACGCGAAGAGAGAAGUACAUAAGUCGUUCGCGAUCCUGUGCGGCCUCAAGAAGUCCUUGUCCCGUGAUGGCAGGUCAGAUGAGCUCCAUGAAAAGAAGCAGCGGAAGCAUGGAAAAGCCGAGCUGAGCGAUGACAAUUUCAAGGCUACAGUGAUCCAUGCAGUCACUAGCGGCUACUUUAUUUCUAGCACGGCUGAGGGCAGUGACCACGCUUUGGGGAGGACAAUCAGGGCCAGACGCCGGGGACAAUGCCAGACAGUAGCUCACGCCAGACGCCUUGGCACCAAGAAGGUUGAGCACCUGUUCCCCAAUGCCAUCACUGUUGUCAACACCGACUUCUGCACAGAGCAAGAGACCUGUGACGAGGGGAUUAUGACAGAGGACCUGAAGUGGCGACGCGACGAGUCCAAGAUUGGGUUGAAGGCUCGCAUGGGUAUUGUGUUAGAGUGGAGAAGCAUCGAGCUUGUUGCCUUCCUGCAGUGGUUGUCGGUGAUCGCAUACAAGGAGUCCAGCGAAGAGCCGGCGAGGAAGCGCGCACAAUUAGAUGAGACGGAUGCAAAGAAGACGCUUGACGCACUGGUCUCCAUGCUCAUGUGGUGUGGUUCUCAUUUGAUCAAGCGUAAGCCCACGCUCCCAUUUGAGUUGAUGGUCGACCCACGGUGGACAGAGAUCAACGGCCCUAUAAAGAUGCUGCAGGGGAAUAAUUGGUUACGUACCUUUUGCUCUAUCCUCGAACCCGGUGCUUUGACAGAGCUGGAUGAACAGCACUUGGCUGAAUUGGAGAGGUGGAAAGAAGAUAUGUACGCCACACGUGAGGUGCAGACCCAGUUGCAGGACACCCAGCUGGAGGGUGAGAUAAUUACUGGGUUCCGUGGUUUAGCUUCUGUCAGAAAUGAUAAUGGAUCAGACAUACCUUUGAAAGCUUGA